CUUUUCGCCCCAUUCUGUACAGCACCGGAGGCCUAGUCGAUUUCUUCACUCUUCCAGCCAAAUCAUCAGGAUGAGUGCCACCACUACCGUCACUGAGCCGCCGAGAAUCACGGCUGAGAACGUCGCAACUCUCUUCCCCGAGGUUGACACUUCUCUUGCGCGGGAGGUGCUCCCCACUGCGACAAGCAAUGCCUCCGCCCCGGGCGACGAGCUUGCCGGUUACGAUGAGGAACAGGUCCGCCUGAUGGAAGAGGUGUGUAUUGUGCUGGACGACGAUGACAAGCCGAUUGGCAGUGCCAGCAAGAAGGCCUGCCACUUGAUGACCAACAUUGAUCGCGGCCUCCUCCACCGUGCCUUUUCCGUAUUCCUCUUCGACUCGAACAAGCGUCUGCUGCUUCAACAACGUGCGACCGAGAAGAUCACCUUCCCCGACAUGUGGACGAACACCUGCUGCUCCCACCCCCUGGGCAUCCCCGGAGAGACUGGCUCGCAGCUCGAUGCGGCCGUGCUGGGUGUGAAGCGCGCGGCGCAGCGCAAGCUGGAACACGAAUUGGGUAUCAAGCCGGAGCAGGUGCCGCUGGACAAGUUCGAGUUCUUCACCCGCAUCCACUACAAGGCGCCCAGUGAUGGCAAGUGGGGAGAGCACGAGAUUGACUACAUUCUUUUCAUCCAGGCCGACGUCGACUUGAACGUGAAUCCCAACGAAGUGCGCGACACGCGGUAUGUGUCGGCGGACGAGCUGAAGCAGAUGUUCGAGCAACCAGGACUGAAGUUCACGCCGUGGUUCAAGCUGAUCUGCAACUCGAUGCUGUUCGAAUGGUGGAGCCACCUGGGCUCAGCGUCGCUAGAGGGAUACAAGAACGAGCAGCAGAUCCGGCGGAUGUAAAUGAGGCGAAGACGAUGACGAUAAAGUUGAGAUCUUUCUGCAUCUGCAGCCUGUACACGGUUUACCAUACAUAUAUCCCCUGACAUGAUUCCCUGCAGCGUUUGAUGGCCCUAUUCCAUACAUACCAUCGAGUGUAGUGUCC